UACUUCCCCAAAACUGAGGUGACAGGACAGGGUUAAUCCGUCUCCAGCUGAGCAGCUGCUCCAUGGCUCCUCAGAAGGGUGCAAAAUGACCAGAAUGGCGUUGCUUUGAUUGUUAAAUAACAUUUUUUUAACAUUUCCCCUCUGCAGAGCCCCUUGCCCUGCCAAUUGCUGCUCCCGCCGCGGAUGAAAGCGUGAAGGCCGAGCUGACCAGCAGAAAGGGCUCUUGAAGCAGCUGCUAAGAUGGGCAUGAGGAUCAAGCUGCACAGCACCAACCACCCCAACAACCUGCUGAAGGAACUCAACAAGUGCCGCCUCUCCGAGACCAUGUGCGACGUCACCAUCCUGGUGGGCUCCCGCUCCUUCGCUGCCCACAAGGCCGUGCUGGCCUGUGCUGCUGGCUACUUCCAGAACCUCUUCCUCAACACCGGGCUGGACGCUGCCAGGACCUACGUGGUGGAUUUCAUCACGCCAGCCAACUUUGAGAAGAUCCUGAGCUUUGUGUACACCUCGGAGCUCUUCACCGACCUCAUCAACGUGGGGGUGAUCUACGAGGUGGCCGAGAGGUUGGGCAUGGAGGAUCUGCUGCAGGCUUGUCACUCCACCUUCCCUGACCUGGAGAGCUCGGCCAUCACCAAGCAGCCUGCUCUGUCAGCGGGGGAAGGCAGGGCUGGGGUGCUGAGCAGCACCUCCUCGGAGCAGAGCCACCCUUUGGGGGACAUCAGGGGUGGCGUGGAGCAUUUCGGCCCCGAGCGGAAUUAUCUCCUGCACGGGGACGUGGUGGGAAGCUACAAAGAGGAUGAGAGGAGUGCUGUGGGUGAGGCCAGCCAGGCCCUUCCCCUGAUGCACCCACAGCAGCCUCCCAAGACAGAGCAGGAGUCUGAUGCAGGACAGUUCACUCCAGUCACGGCUCUGGGGGCUCAGCCUGGUGGGAAUAACGUGGCACAAACCACUGGCAGCUCCUGCCCUCAGUUCAAGGCCCAGAGCAAUGGUGACUACAGCAAGGGUGGCUUCUUCCCCACUGAGCCCUCCCUGGAUGUCUCCACGGGGAGCAAUUCCUGCCCCAGCAACAGCGACCACUCCAAAGAGCAGGGAUUCGAGCAGAUGGAUGAGCUCCAGCUGGAGGAUUUGGGGGAGGCCGAGCUGCAUUUUGAGGAUGCUGGAGAAGAGCUGGUGCCAUCUGAGGAGGUGAUUGAGCUCAGUGAUGACAGCGAGGAGGAGCUGGCCUUUGAGAGCGACAGCCGGGACAGCAAGGCCAUGCCCUGCCAGGUGUGCAAGAAGGUUCUGGAACCCAACAUCCAGCUGAUCCGCCAGCACGCCAGGGACCACGUGGACCUGCUCACGGGGAACUGCAAGGUGUGUGAGACCCACUUCCAGGACCGUAACUCCAGGGUGACCCACGUGCUGUCCCACAUUGGCAUCUUCCUCUUCUCCUGCGACAUGUGCGAGACCAAGUUCUUCACCCAGUGGCAGCUGACGCUGCACCGGCGGGACGGGGUCUUCGACAACAACGUCAUUGUCCACCCCAGCGACCCCCUCCCGGGGAAAGUGGCUGUUUUUGGGGGAGGGCCCGGCCCUGAGCUGGCCUGUGCUGCCUGUGGGAAGCCCUUGGCCAAAGAUUUCCACACGGUGCGGAACCACCUGCUGGAGCACGUGAACCUGAAGAGCCAAACGUGCGGCGUGUGCGACCAGCGGCACCUGAGCCUCUGCAGCCUGCUCUGGCACGCCCUGUCCCACCUGGGCAUCUCUGUCUUCUCCUGCUCAGUGUGUGCCAGCAGCUUUGUGGACAGGCAGCUCCUGGAGAAGCACCUGGCCGUGCACCAGCACGUGGAGGAGGCUCUUUUCCAGUGCCACUUCUGCAGCCAGAGCUUCAAGCUGGAGGCCGCUUACCGCUACCACGUCAGCCAGCACAAAUGUGGGGGCAGCCUGGACAUCAGGGCAGGGUUUGGGGAGCGCCUGCAGCCGCAGGGGCUGCCCAAGAGGAAGCUGCCCGAGGAGUUUUUGAGCGAGGAUCUGGCUCUGCAGAACCAGCCAGGGAACAGCAAGUACAGCUGCAAGGUUUGCGGCAAGAGGUUUGCCCACACCAGCGAGUUCAACUACCACCGGCGCAUCCACACCGGGGAGAAGCCCUACCAGUGCAAGGUGUGCCACAAGUUCUUCCGAGGGCGUUCCACCAUCAAGUGUCACCUGAGGACGCACUCGGGGGCCCUGAUGUAUCGCUGCACGGUGUGUGGCCACUACAGCUCCACGCUCAACCUGAUGAGCAAGCACAUAGGGGUGCACAAGGGCAGCCUCCCGCCCGACUUCACCAUCGAGCAGACUUUCAUGUACAUCAUCCAUUCCAAAGAGGCCGAGAAAAACACGGAUAGCUGAUGGGGAAGAAGAGUGUUGAGGAUGGAGGAGGAAAAAGGAAAGGAAAAAAAAAAAAAAAAAAAAGCAAGUUGUUUGGUUUUAUUUAAUGGUCAGGCAUCAUGGAUGGAAUUUCGGUUUUGGUUUGAUUAUUUUUUUUUUUAUUAUUAUUAUUUUUGGGCCUUCCUAGGGCUUUUUAGAUCGGUGGAGUUGUACAAAUUAACAGCACGUGAGGUACAUCACUGUUUCAAGGAGUCUGUCGUGUUUACUUACCUCUGGUCCUGUUAGAGGCCAUCUGUGCUAUUAGCAUUUCUCACUAGUUUUUGAGCCUAGAUUUUAUUUUUUUUUUAAACCUUUUAGCCCACUUGACCAGGCUAAGCUUGUCCACAAACUGAUGCUGCUAAGAUUUUCACACCUGACCUCAGUGGAGAGGGACAAGAGCCAGAGCAGGCGCUGGACUCGAAAGGAAAGGAACAAAAGAGAAAGAAAACGAAAAAAAAAAAGGGAAGGAAAAAAAAAGA